AUUAUAGCAACAGACCACGUCUUCCUCCUCCUCUCAUUCUCAUUUCUCUCUCCUCUCAAAUUUCAAUUUUGAAAAAAAAAAAAUUUCCAAUUCUUCUUCCAAAGGUUAAGGAAAAGAGACAAUACUCCCAAAACGCCAUCGUUUUCACCUUUUCCCACCUCUUCUUCCUCUUCUCACCGCCUUUUACUCUCUCUUUAGGGUUGUGAUUUCAAAUCCUCCAUUUUUCUCUCUCCUCUCUUAACUCUUUCUCUCUCUUCUCGAAGGAGAGAUGCCAACGUUUUCAGCGAUACAAUUCGAUCGAUAUCUGGAGCCCGGAGCUUCCAAAACGACGUCGUUUAACAAAAACCAGAAGAUUCCAGAUGUUUCGGAAUCUCCAAUCCUCGAAAAUCGCAAUUCAACGACGUUACCAAUCGAAGAUCUGAAAUCUUCUUCUAGAAGGCAAGAUAUUCCGCCGCAACAUCCUCGCUUACGUCGCCGGAAUUCCACGUCAUCACCAGCGAGAGCGCAGAUUCAUCCAUCGUUAUACACAACACCAGAAUCUACUCCUCUUCCUGACUCACCUACGUCAUCAUUUCCACCUUCUUCUCCUUACAUCAUCAACCACAAGAGACGGGGCCCACGCCUUCUCAAGAGCUUAUCCGACCAAAACGUGGCUGCUGCCGUCGUUGUUGCUUCGGAGAGUAAUCAUACGAGGAGCUUGUCGGAGGAACACGUGUCGAUUGAGAGACAAGACGAGCAGUUUGAGGAGAAAUUGAACGAUGAUGUUUUGGUGGUUGAGGUUGAGGAGAAGGAGAGUAGAGUGAAUGGUGAUGUUUUGAUGAGAGAGAAUGGUGAGAGUGAGGAUUUCUAUGACCCGCAGGAAACUAUGAGCUUUUCCGGCACCGCCGAUAGCGAGGAUUGCGGUGGUGAGAGGUCUGCUAAAGCUUACACCCCCGUGGGAGAGUUCUAUGAUGCGUGGGAUGAACUCUCCUCUGAUAGUGGGCUACAAGCAGUAGCACAACGCUCUCUUAGUGACGUUGAGAUUGAGCUACGGGAGAUGAGGCUGAGUUUGUUGAUGGAGAUUGAAAAGAGGAAGCUAGCAGAAGAAGCUCUACAGAGCAUGCAACAACAGUGGCAAAUUCUGCGAGAGAAGUUAGGGGCUGUUGGAUUGAUACUUCCAGCAGAUCUUACUGCUUUGGCGGAGGAUAGCCCAGCAGAUGCUAGUCCUAUUGAAGAGAUUUGUCGACAAAUCCAACUGGCACGUUUUGUGUCGGAAUCUAUUGGGAGAGGGAUUGCGAAGGCUGAAGCUGAGGCAGAGAUGGAAACUCAGAUGGAAAUGAAGAACUUUGAGAUUGCCCGUUUGACUGAUAGAUUGCAUUAUUAUGAGACUAUGAAUCGGGAAAUGUCUCAGAGGAACCAAGAAGCCAUUGAGAUUGCACGGCAUGAAAGACAGAAAAGGAGGACAAGACAAAACUGGGUUUGGGGAACGUUACUUGUUCCAACCAUUACCCUCGGCAUUGGAGCUUUGGCAUGGUCUUAUUAUCCAAGUGGAAAAGGAUCAUCUUCAAGCCAACAUCCUGAAGCCUCUCAAGCUGACAGCAACAAGAAGUGAUUAGCUUCGUCAUACGAAAAUAGUGUCAUAUUCUAGGAAGAAAUAAUUCGACAAAGUCUGGUGCAUUUGUGCAAUGUGCAUAACAGCCGUUUUUCACAUUUCCGGGUUGCAUAUCUUUGUGCUAUGCAGAAUGUAUAGUUUGGGAAAAUAAUGUUACUUUACUUCUGAAGACCAGCCUCUAUUCGGGCAAUGCUGGAAUGCUUGUUGGAAGGUGAAAGAUCAGGAUGAAUCCCUUGUGCUAGGAUGAGGUAUUGUCUCGUUCUAGGUGCGAAGGAUUCCUAGAGAACUCUGAAAAGUGUAAGUGUAAGUGUUAGUGUAUUUAUUGUGGCGCAAUUUUGAAAAGAACAUAGAAAGGGCAUGGAAAGGGCCUAAAUUUUGAAAAACUUCUAAUUUGUAGUGUGCCUGGCUGCCUGCUUGGUUUAUUGGGAUAUUUUAGUAUGAUAAAAGUACAAAUAGAUUACCUGUA